ACCAUCUCAAUAAAUUUCGUUUCAAUACCAGAAAGAAUAUUUUCCACUCAAAUAUUUCAACCAUUCAUUGUUUGCAAAAAACAACAACAACCACUUAAGUAUACAUUGUUGUGCGUAAUUUCUCUUCUUCGCUUUCGCAUUUUAUUCGAUUUUCUCUCCGGUCAAAAACAUGACAACAAACGAAUAAUCAAAAUUUUCGAUCACAUAUCAUAAACACAUAGUUGUAAAUUAUUCUAUAAAUCGUUCCGAAUGUGUACAAUAUCACAAAGUAAUCGAAUCGCCUUAGACACAGCAUAGAAUUCACCUAUAAACAGUGUCAGAAUACGGCAAAAACAGUCCAAAACUAUAAUUGAAAAAUUCACAACGGAUAAACACACUGUUGAAGUGCAAUGUUUUCUUCAAUUUGUUGUUCACCAAAUCACGAUUACAUGAAAUGAACGAAUCAUCAAUUAAACACACUAAUUGAAUGAAUCUUAAAUUGUUUUUGAUAGGCGACAAUUACAAACGUUCGGAAACAGCGAUAUCACCAUGGCCAAGGAAAUGAUGAUCGUGUUCGUCUAUGACACCGAGUGUUGUCAAAAAGAAGAAGACGAUCCAGCUGAUGCAGUUUUAUAUUUCCAUCCGACUUGGGUGUCUGAUACACAAAAGUUUUCAUUGUGUGGCCAACUUAUGGGCACCGUUCAUUUUUUGCGCGAAACAUUUGGUAAAGCCAAUGUCAUCUCACUACAAAAUGGCAAAUUUGUUCUCAAAGAGUUUGGACGAUUUGUUUUGGCUGUUGGAACGGAUCGAAAUAUAAGCCAGUCACUGUUGGAGCAUCGUGCCGAAUUGCUGAGCUCUCUAGUUCGGCUAUUUCAUUGUGAUAUUCAAACAAUUUACGACCAAUUUUCAGCAUCCGGUCAAUACAAGAAUAUUUCGGAAAAAUUGUAUCACAUCUUCGAAACUUAUCUACCUAUUUUACAGUACAAUGGAAAUAUUUUUCAAAAUAUGCCGAUAUCAAAGUUGCCAAAGAGUGCAAGUAAUAUAUUUUUGGAAGCGAUGCAUACAUUACAAAGUUGUCAGCGAACGGCUGGCGUAUUAGGUGGUUCGAUUUUAUAUCACAAUAAAAUAAUUGCAACACAAUUGUACUCAAAAUUGGUAAAAAAUCUUAUAUUAACCGAUCCGCAUCGGAUAAAAUGCACCGCCGAAUCGUUGCCAGUAAAAUUUCAUGUACCCAUCGGCUGUCAAUUGAUAACAAUUUACAUUCCACAAAGUGAAUAUGAUGAAUUAGUGCUAAAUUCGGAACGAAUUCAGACACAGUGUGCCAAUCAAGAGAAUGGAACAACAGCCCAUGUUGUGAAUGGUGUCAAUGCAUAUCCACCGAUUCAAUUUAAGAAGAAAAUCAUGAAACGUGAUAAAUCAAUUGUAUUUACAAAUAUUCCCGAGGAGCAUUCAGAGCAUUCGGAAGGUACAUCAACGGCGGUGGCGACGACGUCAAGCGAAAAAACCGACACCGAUCGAUCGAAUAAUGAAUUGAAAAACAAUGAAAAUCAAUUGAAAUUUACACCGCAACCGGCAACAGUUCGUCCAAAUCAUUUGCCAUUGCGUUUCAAAAAUAUCACAUCCAAAGAUAUUCCAGAGAGUGGUUUUAGCAGUUCAAUAACAUUCGACGAACAGGACAGUUUUCCACAGUUUAUUGGGCGAACCAGUGUGUGUUCGACACCAAUGACUGAAAAUAAAGUAUUACAUGGUAAUAUAUUGCCAAUUUGCAGUAAUCCGUUCAACGAAAAGAAUGCCAUUCCAAAUAAUAAUAGUUCAAGAUCGAUUAUCAUCAAUGAACCACAAUCGAUAAUAAAUAACAAACCAAUUACACCGAAAGAAAAUAAAAAUACGAAUCAAGAGAUGUCGGAGCGAAAAUUUUUCGAAGUAUCGGAUCGCUUUUUGAAUAAUACAGCACCAAAUCCAUUUGGUCAGCAAGUAGCUCGUAAUUCAUUGGUUGACAUCACCGAAGCAUUUCGAAAAUUUUCCAAACAUUUAUCGUUGCGACCAAUCAGCACCGGUUUUACAAAUUUUAUGCAUGAAUGUGACUACAUUGCCGAUGGCAAAGUCUAUUCAUAUGGAAAAUCAUCAAAUGAUCAUGGCGUUCAAGAUGAUUUAAGUAUUGAUUAUGAUGCUGAUGCAAUUGAUGAUAUUGUACCGAAUAAUCGAUAUCGAACUAUAACCGAUCCAACAUAUCCAGUAUUUAAUAGCUAUGGCAAACCGAUAUCGCGUUUUCUAUUCGAUGAAAUUGUGAACCAACAAACUGAAAACGAUAACAACAAUAAAAAUUUAAAUGCCAUCAAUUUUAAUUCAUUCGAUGACCAACCGCAGACGAUUCGAAACGAUUUAAAAUUGGCGGACAAUGAAUUAAAAGUGGAAAAAGCGAUUAAAUCGCUUGAAAAAUCACAGGUACCACCGACCAACAAUAUCAAUCGAAAAUCCUUAUCAUUACCGCUAAAAUCACUGACCAACAAUGGCGAUCCGAAACAUAAUAUAAACAAUGUACCACCGCCAGAGGCGUCCAACACAAAGAAUAUAUUCGAUAAGCCAGAAGAACGGCGAAAAUUAACGGGCAUUCAAUUGACACCAUUAAUAACGAAACUAUCCAUUUUGGCCAUGAACGAUGAUCGUUCGAAUUCAUUUUCCAGCUGGGACACAACGCCUGGCAUGGAGUUGGCCACACCCUUGGACAGUGUUAAAUUAUUCCGUCGACGAUCGUCGGUGAAAGGUGACGAAACCGAUCAAAUUCGAAGCACAUUGGAAAAUAAAAGCUCAACCGAAUGCUCAGAUGAUGGUGAAUUGAAAAAAGUGGAACUUUUCAUUUGUGGCCAAAACAAUAUGACGAUGCUGCUUGUGAUGAAGGAGAAUUUUGGACAGAAACAUGAACACAUUCAAGCCAUGUUUGACGUCUGUGUAUCGAAAUUACCACGAUUGGAAACAAAUCUGAAUCAAAUCCUCAAUGUUAAUAUGAACGGCGACAAAACGGAUGGUGGCUAUAGUUUCUUUUGUGUCGAUCAAGAAUGGGACACUCUGUCACGCGGUGGUCCAUGGUCAAAUAGUGAUCUUAGCUCGAUUGAGUAUGUUCGUCAUGAUUUACAGUCAAAUCCAAAACUACAUAGUAUUAUCGUGAGAGGUGACGAGUCUGUAAUUUACGCUCAUCAAAAUAUUGGAGCAAAUGUCUUUUAUAAACAAUCAGCGCAAUCACUUUGCGGCGGCCUACCACCACCAGUUGAUGCGAUGGGAACAAUAUCAAAACAUGCUCGGCGCUCAUUAGAAAGAGACCAUUUCGUUAUUUUAUUUUAAAAUCGCCUGCCAUGUAGUAUGAGUUUGUUUUCUUUUUUUUUAAAUUAAAUAAUUGCAAUAUUUCAUUUAAUCACGCAAGCAAAAACAAGCAUAUUUGUUGUCAUUAAAGCUUUGUGUAUACUUGAUCUUAGGUUUUCGAUUGUGAUAGUAGUUGAAAAUCAUAAAUGAUUCCGUCGUUUUAAUGUUGGAUAUUCCAUUGCUUAUAAAUACAUAUAUAUUUAUCGUUUCUAAUCGUCAUUUUCUUUAAGUUGCACUUAAUUUUUAAUGAUACAUUUUUUUAUUAA